AUGACGACUUUGCGCCCAUUCUCAAGUCUGAUAAGUACACAAGAACUCGCUUCAUCUUUGGAUAACAAAAAGCAACAUCGAAAUGAUAUCAAAGUAUUAGAUGCUUCAUGGCAUAUGCCGAAUGCAAACCGGGAUCCAUAUCAAGAAUUUCUAGCCAAACGUAUUCCUGGAGCCCAAUUCUUUGGUAUCGAUACAAUCAAGGAUACCAGUGUUGAUCUACCUCAUAUGUUACCAAGCGUCAAUGUAUUUGCCGAAGCUGUAGGGGAUUUGGGUAUCAGCAAUAAAGAUCAUGUCGUAGUGUAUGAUUCUGUUGGUGCAUUUUCUGCUGCUCGUGUUUACUGGACUUUCAAGGCGUUUGGGCAUGAUCAAGUAUCUAUUUUGAAUGGUGGAUUACCAGAAUGGAUUCGUCAAGGAUACACACUUGCCACAGGUACACCGGAUACCCCAACCAAAGAACAGUAUACCGCUAAAUUUGAUCAACGUCUUGUGCGUGAUUAUGCUACUAUACUUGACCAUUGUCGACAAUAUCAACAAGGAAAGGAUGUACCUCAAAUCCUCGAUGCUCGUGCUCUUCCUCGAUUCACUGGUGAAGCUCCUGAACCUCGUCCUGGACUCUCUAGUGGGCAUAUGCCUGGAUCUAUCUGUAUUCCUUUUCAAUUAGUGGCCGAUGAUUCUGGGUUGUAUAAGGAUGAUCAAGCUUUACGUAAAAUGUUUGAAUCUCAUGGUGUAGAUCUUGAUAAACCUAUCAUUACUAGCUGUGGUAGCGGCAUCACAGCCAGUGUAUUAUAUUUUGCUUUGGAACGUGCUGGAGCUAAAGAUAUUGCUGUGUAUGAUGGAAGCUGGACUGAAUACGCAGACAAGAAGGAUAGCAUCAUCAUCAAAGAUUAG